UCUUACUUUUUGAGGUUAAAGUGCUACUUCAAAAAUAUGAAGCUCUUUAUCUGGUUUUCACUGUUCUUAGUGAGUCAUGGGAAGCUUUCGGAAGAUAACAUAAUAAACGAGCUGUGCUUUAAGCCGGAUGCUGGACCAUCUUGUCAAAAAUUGAAAACAUUUUAUUGGAACAAGGAACUGAAACGAUGUGUGGAGACCAAAUAUUUAAUGGAGCCUUGUGGCUUUUUCUACAAAAAGAAUACAUGCACUGAAAUAUGCUCUAAGGAAUCAUGGACUUUAUAUAAUUUGGAAAACUAUGUUCGCACUUUGCAUUGAAAUAUAUAUCCCUUUAUAUUCUGCUUACUGUUAACAAGUAAUUAAAUUACGUGUAUAUAAUUCCUUGACAAAUUUAUUAAAUUGGCUUUAGUGAUAUUUCUA